UCUUCUAUAUUUAUGAUUUGCGUUCCGCAUAAUUAAACAAAAACAACAGCUUUCUUACUUCGCCAAUUGAAUAGGAAACGUGUGUUGAAAGGUAUCACUAUUCUGUGCUUUGCCUUAAACAAGGCGAACAAUGAAACAUCAAGUUCACGCAAUCCUGUCAGUAAUUUCUCUUUUCUACGUUGCAGACGCUGAUGCUAUGUUCAACGAGAUUUGCUUCAUGCCACGUGAUGUGGGAAAGUGCGAGACAAUAUGCCAGGCCCAAUGGAAGUGGUACUACGAUAACGCCACAGGAAACUGUCACCCAUUUAUGUACGCCGGUUUCGAAGGAAACAACAACCGCUUUAGAAACUGUGAAAGUUGUAUGCAUGCAUGCGACGCCAAAAAAUGCGUCCAUGGAACACAGUCAAGAGAUACGUAGUUCCCAAAAUAAAAUUCUCUGUGAACGGCAUA